CAGGACGAUUCGCUGCCGAAGUUGUACUAGUCGCUGCAGCCACGUUGUAAUAAACGUUUCGUCGGCUCCAGUAGUGCUUGGCUUCAACGCAUGAUCAAUCUUCGGGGCGCUCUACUUAAGUACCACAUCUGGUGAAUGAACAGGAUGAUGACGAUGGCAGAAGAUUUAUUUUCCGGUGCUAGAGACCACGACAAGGCAAGAACUUCUACUUUUUUUCACCCCUGCAUCAAGAUAUCGACCGAGUAGUUGCAGCCUUCUGCGCAGCUGCACGGCGUAAGUACGACAACGAACAACGCUGUGGCCGACGUCGGCACCACACGACAACUACCAAGGGAAAGAACUAGGACCGCGAGUUGUGCGGAGAAUAUGGAGGUCGUUGCAAGCACUAGGACACCAGGCAGUAAAAAGCGAGCCCGCCGACGGGACGAGUCGUGCACGCGAGGGGUUGUAAUCAGAACGAGAAGCAGGUGUUGUUUUUUCCGACACAGAAGCUGUCAAGCACCGAAGCUGCACACGCACCGUUUGCACGAUGCUAAAACGAGGACCAAAGCGGGCAUUCCAUCAAUAUUUUUCGAUAGAAGACGAGGAACAGGAACAACACCUCUGUGGUCAAGUUUCUGGCGCCGCUGCACUUUCAGGUCUUUUCUGUCGCAUCAAAUGUGUAGUCGUGCUGCCUCUACUCACCAGUGCAGAAGCCGCAAAGGAGGAGCCGACGUAGUACUCUGGACGCGUCGUCAUUGCCAAGACAAACCUGACACCCGUGUGGUUCCCGUUUGUGAAAGGAAACAGGAAGGUGAUGUCCCCAACAUUUUAAACUGGAGCCACCGUCGCGUGACCAUGACCGCGUCGAAAACAAUAUCUUUUACUGGCACGUCCCGGCCCCCGCCGCAAAAUCAUCAAGGCACGAGAAACGAGCACAGCUGUUUUUUCUACCGUGUUUUCUUCAAACUUAUGGUGUUGCCGCUGUUUCUGCAAGAAAUACCGAGUUGGUUUUUCAAAAUAGCGCCAGAUGAUGACCAACUUCUAUUUUGUUCCGGGGACAACUACCUUUAUAGCUGCUGUGGAACAACACCGGUUUUUGAGGAGAACAUGGACCACAACCAUGGAGCGGGAUUGUAUUCGCAAUGUGUUGAAGUGGGUGAACGAGGACCUGCAGUACCUCUGCUUCGGAACAGUUGUGAUUGUAGCCUAUCCGCGGACGCACGCGCAGCUUCCACUUCGAGUACGCUUGUUUCCACGACCCCCAUGCCGACGACUACACAUCAACUACACCAGCAGCUUCUAUUACAACCAGGGUCGUCCUCGUGGUACAACUUCUUGGUCGGUGUGGUCAGUCUGCUUGGCGGGUGGACGAGCGGGGGCCCACGACUUUAUUCGCUUGAUCAUGUUACUACAACGACCACUUCUGAUAUCGCGUCGACUCGUCCACAUGAAGAAAGGCGAAGAAGGUCGCAGUCGCACAACAGCUACAAAAGAUGCACGAAUGAUGACCAGGCGUGGAGGUCGUGGAGUUUCUGGAAAGGGGGCCACGACAGCACGGGGGCUACUACUACUUAUCAAAUGUAAAAAUGUCUGGGUCUGGAAGAAUGCAACUUGUGAUGCUGAAUUUGGAUUCCAAAAAAAUCUGUAUUGCAUGAGCAGCAAAGGGAGUGUAAUUUUUGCUACGCGGAGAGGGCAUUUGUCAUGCGGAAUAGGCAUCGCGAGGCCCUCAAAAAAUCUGUGAUGCGAGGGCAUGCAUCACAGACAUCAUGGCCCAGGCAAAACAUGCAUGACAAGUCUCAGAAUCUUCCAGACCCAGACAUUUUUACAUUUGAUACUACUGAUUUUCCAGCAAUAUCACUCCUGGGCGUAGGCCCCGCAGCUGCUGUCGCGAAAUUAAGUGUGAGUCGUCGCGCCAGGAUCUUCACAACGGCCUCUUCUUCCCGACCCUCAUCCGCCUCCAGCGCGUCAAUUCUACUGGAGGGUGGAGGUGUUCUUGGAGGAGCGGCCGGCAGGUCAUCCGCUUUCACCGAAGCAAAAAUGCAAGAACUUAUCGCCCCGUCAUCAGGAGCCUCAUCUUCGUCCUCCUACGUUGCGGGAAAUUUAGGUGGUGC